AUGGCCACUGUUGGUUCAGAAUCUUUAAAGAAACUAAUUAAUGAAAAUGGAAAGUUUUGUAAUGAUGAUCAAUAUGAACUUGGUCUUAACUUUGACAUCUUUACGUAUCUAAAUAAGGUGUUAGAAUCCGCUAUAUUGCCUAUAGUGAUUUUCGCUACAAACCGUAAAAUGUGUCAAGUCAGAUAA